UUCCCACGAUUGUGGUAUCCGUCAAGUUGGUAGUAUGUAUUGCUAGGGAGAUUUGCCCUAGUAGGUCGUGAAGCCUGGUUGGGCACUUGUUAGCUUAUCAAUAAAAUGUGAUCUUCUUCUUAGACCAGUGUCUCCCUUUUUCACCUUUCCUUUCAAAGGCAUCUUCUGCGAUAUUAUAAUGGCGACGAGUACGGGAUCCGAAGCACGAAGAACUUUCACGAAACCAUGAAACGCUGCGCCAUUUGUAUCACGUUCCAGUUCAUCCAUGGAGUGCUCGAUGAUGACAUCCGUGACGAGAUUAUCACUAAACAGCCAGAUCAGUUCGAAGAAGCUCUCAAGAUCGCUCAAGCCCUUGAAGCAUCACAGGAGGCUUCCUCUCAUCUGAAACCAAACCAGCCAGCAACCGUUCACAAGUUCUACGAUAGCAAACCAAAGGUCAAGAAGAAGCAAUCAUCAAAUUUCCGUUCUAAAUCUCAACACCGCUCAAAUCAAGGUAACAAGCCAAACUUCUCUAGUGAUAAGCAGUCUUCGACUCAGCCAAAUCAAAGGAAGUUCAUCAAUGUCUCUUGUCGCUCUUGCAAUGUUGAGCAUGAAAGAAGGAAUUGUAGGUACAGACGCUCUAGGUGUAAUUACUGUAAACAUGUUGGU